UGACACCCAACUCAAAAUUCUAUCCAUCAACGUUUUACACCAUCAUUUCACGUCCGCCUCACUCCUCCCCUCACACCACCCUAAUCUCCCAAAUGCUCCGCUGCUGUUUGGGUGGGAAUCUCCUACGUCAAUGACAUCCUGCUGACAUCGAAAAUGGAGCAAACUGAAUCCGACAUCAAGAGAGUUCUUCAAGACUAUCAGAAGAUCGGCUCCGGCGCUCGCUGCGAGGAGGCGAGGAUCGAAGUCUUGAACCGCGAGAUUAAGGUGUUGGAGGAUCGGGUUCGGGGCUCCGGUUCGGUGGAGUGGGAGCGCCACAGAAUGCGGAAUCUUCUCGACUAUCAGUCUACUCUCAUCGCUAGAGCUGCAUCUCGAACCGAGCUUCUUGCUGCUCUUCAUGAGGACCUUUUGCUUUUGUUUAUUCGGAGAAAACAGCUUCGCGGCUUUGAUGGUGCUGAGGGUUCUGGUGUUGAUGCAGUGCCAAAUGUUUCACUCAGCUCUGCAUUAUCAGGUGGUGAUGAUGAAAAUCAAAGAUUUGCAAAAAAUUGCUCCGAAUUGAGAUCAAUGCACAUUAUGAGAAUGAGUCAUCAUGAGGACUUGGAGGAAGAAACAACUGCAGAUCAACAACCCAUACCUUUAGGUGUAAAGUUGCUUCAAAUAAAUAUGAAUGAAGAUGCAUCCUUGACCAGCGAAGAUGGAUGUGAGUAUGGGGAUCUCCAGUAUAAGAAUAAUAUUUUAGAUAACAUUGCCAUGAGUAUCUUGGAUCCAAAUGCUAACAUUGAUAACAUUUUCAAAGAAGCAGUGGAGAAUUCUAAUAUCCUGUGUGUAGAAUCUGAAGAUUAUGCAGGUUCCAAGAAAGCGCAUAGGAAAUCAUCUCGUGCAAAACGUUUGUUCGUGGAUUUUGAUGAAACUGGGAAUCCAACCGGUCCGAGUGCUGGAGUAUUUAAAAGAUCUAUUAAUUCAUAUGUAUGCCAACUUUUGCCUAUAAGAUUUAAGCAGAUAGGGGAGAUUCCAGUGGAAGACUACAAAUCUGUUGUUAAUGCACUAACAGAAAGAUAUAGUUUUGAUUUGGAUAUGAGCUACACAAGGAAAAAGAUUUCAUCUUGCUAUAGGCAACACAAGUAUAAAUUGCUAAUUCAGGUCAAGAAAGAUCUUGAAAGAGGCAUUGAACCACAAAAACCAUCCUAUGUGGAUGAAGAAGAUUGGAAUGCUUUUGUGGCUAAAACAAAAGAUGAAGAAUUUGAUAGGAUUAGCAAGAAGAAUAAAGCAAGCAGAAGUCAGCAGAGUGCCCUUAACAGGAAAGAUGUGCAAUCUACUGCUCAUAAAAGAAAGAAAGGUGACCAAGGACCGGAGGGCAUUUCUAUCUGGUCGAAGUUGCACAAGACCAAACAAGGGAUGGCAAAAUGGGCAGCUUGGUCAGGUAAUCUAUUCAUCUGUGUUGAGAUAAGUGAUUAUUUUCUGGAAGCGGAUGCAGUUGGUGUUUUUAACAGGUUUCACAGGUUAUGGACACUAUGGUUCUUCCCAUCAAUGAAGAGGUGGUUCAAGAACAGGACCUUGAGUCUGAACUCCCCUUGAAGGAUUAUCCACAACUUGAUACUCCAAGUCAAUAUGAUUACUGGAAUGCAACUUAAACAUCUCGCAUUCAGUUCAUUGCUCAAUCAGAGGUUUGAUCCUGGCUACUGUUGUGUUGUAAUGUCCUCCCACUCCCUUAGCCAUGACUUCCAUGGGCUCCAGUGCUGUUGUAAUACUUCCUUCUUUUUACCCCAUUUCUAGAAUGAGUGUACCAUGCCUGUAUAUUAGUGUGUUGCAAGUUGCAAGAUUAUGAUGAUCAUGAUAGAAGUAUAAAAACAUGUUUUCCAAUUUUAAAAA